AUGGUUGCUGCGUUGUCGCUGCUGACGCUUGCUACAGCCGCUUUGGCUGCGAAGUUGCCCAUAGUUGAUCUGGGAUAUGAGCGACACCAGGCUUUCUCAUUUGAGAGCUCGUCUGGCCUGUAUAACUUCAGCAAUGUCCGCUAUGCCGCACCCCCAGUCGGCGACCUGCGCUUCCGUGCUCCUGUACUCCCAACCGAAAACCGAGAACAUGUUCAGAAUGGCUCGGUAGGCCGUGUGUGUCCUCAGGCAACUCCGCUCUGGAGCUCACAGGGUGCUGCGCUAUUCGUCCUUGGCUAUUUGGAAGGCCAGUCAGUUUCGGUACCCUCCAACGUCUCAGCCUUCCAAUACAAGCCUGCUAAGCAGGAUCCCCGCACCACGGAGGAUUGCUUAUUCCUCGAUGUGGUGGUUCCGAAGAAGAUCUUCGAUCGCGGACAGAACAAAACUGCUCGUCGGAAGAACCUCGCACCUGUGCUGGUGUGGAUCUAUGGCGGUGGGUACGUUGCCGGAGAGAAAAGUAGCUCCAAUGCAAGUGGACUGGUUCAGCGCAGCAUGGCUGGUGGAGAUGAAGGCAUUGUCUUUGUCUCCUUGAACUAUCGGUUGGGUGCAUUUGGGUUUUCCGGCGGCGACAGCAUCACCACCAAUGGCACUGCCAAUGCGGCUCUCCAUGACCAACGCUUCGGUCUGGACUGGGUAUACAAGAACAUCCACCUCUUUGGUGGUGACGCAACCCGAGUCACGGUCAUGGGCGAGUCAGCCGGCGGGGGUUCCAUCAUGCACCAAAUCACCGCAUACGGAGGCACCCGUGGCGCUGUUCCCUUCCAGCAAGCCAUCCUGCAGAGCCCUGGCUGGGUUCCUACCAUCGGCGAGGAACAGCAAGAGAACACUCUGCAGCAGUUCCUGGGCUAUCUCAACGUCAGCACGAUCGAAGAAGCCCGCAAGCUGCCAUCUGACAAAUUGAUCGCUGCCAAUGCCUAUCAGGUUGCGACUCAGUCGCAAUGGGGUCAGUUCACCUACGGCCCUACCGUUGAUGGAACCUUUGUCCCCGCUCUCCCGGGGCAGUUAUUGCUCAGCGGCGAUUUCGACCAUCACGUCAACAUCAUGGUUGGACACAACGCCGACGAGGGACUGCUGUUCACCUCGCCCGCAAGCGUCAACAGCUCUGGUCUAGCCGAACAACUCAUGCAAUUGUCUGCGAGCAUUCCCGCCAACGUGACCAAGUUCAUCACCGAAGACCUCUAUCCUCCCAUCUAUAACGGCUCCUAUGGGUACACCGACUCGGUGGCGCGCACGGCGCUUGUCAUCUCGGAUCUGAUCUUCCAGUGUAACACCGACUACUUCAACCGCGCAUACGACAACCAGACCUACGCCUAUGAAUUUGUCAUACCGCCCGGUAUUCACGGCCAAGAUGUCGGGUAUACCUUUUACAACAAUGCGUCCGCGGCCAAUGGUGUCCUCGGCACGCUCGGUGCGAUCGCGAACGUGACUGUCGCCUUGGCGAUGCAGGACUUUUUCACCAGCUUUACGCAGCACGGGGUGCCCAAGUCACACCUUGCGCCCCCUUUCCGACACCAUGGUGAGCGUGCGACGAUUAUGGCCAUUGGGAACCAUACUAUUCAGCCGGUGCGGGAUCCUACCAGUAACCCGCGGUGUGCGUUCUGGCAGACUGCGCCUUAUUAUGUCGCAUAA